AUGUCAUCUUACAAUCCAGUCAAGGAUCUGGGCCUAACCUGUCCCUAUGGCGGAAUCUUCUACAUAUGCGCCGACGAUCCGGAGCGCUUCAUCGGCUGCUGCACCAUCAACCCUUGCGGCGCCAGAAAAGGUCUCUGUCCUGAUCAAAGCCUCAGAUCAGCCAGCUUUAACGCGACACUUCAGCAUGAGUUCCUCCCUCAGGCUUGUAUCAACGACAACGUCGAUGUCAGUUGGUACACCUGCGUUGGAGAGGGACUUCCUUUCCUGGGAUGUUGUGCCGUAGAUCCUUGUCUCCGUGGUGUUUGUCCUCAAAGAGACCUGAGAGCAGCGAAGUUGAGUGACAAGGCCAAGAAUGCGCAGGACUUCCUUGAUGGUGGCCCUGAGUAUAUGCCACGGUCUACGUCUUCUGCCCUUGACCCAAGAUCAGGCGUCUCUUCAAGCAGUCUGUGUGCUAGCUCGACCACUGCAAUGAUGACCAUGAUCUCCAGCUUCAUCACUUCUUUCGCUAUAGAAACAACCAUUGCGACAAUCACCUCUACGGAUACAACAAUGACCUCUGCCAUGACAAUCUUGCCCCCAGAGGCUCCAGAUGCACCCCCUACGGAACCCAAAGAGCAAAGCCCGAACCGAAAAUUUGGCUGGUUUUGGGUGCUUAUUCUCGUCGCAAUUCUUCUACUUCUAUACCUUGGGCACCGAUUCGGGGAGAAACCAUCCUGUCUAAGAUGCAGAGAAAAACCACCCAAAGGAAAACUGGGACAGAGACGUGAACAGAGGCAUGAACAAGAACAACGACACGAGCAACAGCAACAGCAGGAACAGGAACACAAUGCGAACACACCUACAUGCAUAGAGAUCAAUCAGAGGCCCUCAACUGGAUACGUCCGGAACAUGGGGGAACGUUCAGGCAUGCACAUUUCCCGGAGCACCCACGAACAACCCCAGAACAUACAAGGUCAACGACAUGGGAGUGGUUCUUCUAUUAAAGAUGAAUUCUCCCGUGAAAGCUCCCGUGACAACAAAGAAAAUCGAUCCCUCGACCUGCAGAGUAGAUCGGUCAGCAAGGCGUAUACGCCAGUGUCCGGCGAACAGUUCCAAGCAGGAAGCCGUUGCCAGGAACGAACAACCACACAAGCUCGCGUGGAGAUAACUUCCGCUGAGGACCCCCUUUGA